UGGAAGCAAUUUAUCUUUUAUAAUGUUGGAUGAAGACGAUUCCAAUAUAAAAUUUAACGUUAGUUUAUAUAAAGAUAGACCUAACCUUAAAAGUUCGCAGAAGAGAAAGCAUAGGGAAUUCACUCAUGAAAGUGAUGUAACUAACGGUGGUAGACAAAAACCGGCAAAAAUGGAUCUGUCUGAGAGUCUUGAAAAGCAAUACCAACAAGUAAUUAGAGAAUUAGGAAACAAUAAAUCUCAGUGCCUUACUCAACCUAACCUUGUACAAAGAACAACAAUACGUCCAACUGCACUUAAUACACACAAAAGUGAUUCUAACAUAAAUAUUCACAAUGAAGUGGAAACARUGAUGGAUGAUGACGAUCAUGUACGAUCCGAUGAGGUGGGUUGCGAUUUAAAAAUAUGGGAAAUUCCGAAAAAAUCUUUAUCUCCAGAGAAGCAAAACAAAAUAGCUCUUACGCCUUUAAAUACAGUCUCAUGAGCAAAACGAAAACAAAAAAAGGGGCAACAAACCACCGCCUAUUCAUACUAUAGACAUUGAUGAGCAAUUAAACAAUGUAAAAUUGUUUAAAAUGCAAUUAAACAAGUAAAUUGCAAAACCUAUAACAAUGAAAUAUUAGAAGGGACUGCAAUCUCCUUAAAACUCAAGGACGAGAAUCUUAUUAUAAUAAGUGCAUAUGCAACUAGCAGCAUUAAUAAGAAAGACUUUAUAGUAGAAUUAGAAAAACUAUUUAUGAUACUGGAUUUAAGCAAUCCCUCAAACUAUUAUCUCCUGGCAGGGGAUCUUAAUGCUAGACAUUUAGAUUGGGGAGAUAACAUGAGUAACGAGAGAGGAAAAAUAUUAAAAACUUGGAUCGAUGAUAAUAAUACAAUAAAUAGAUGCACCAUAAAAGGACCGGACCAAGCAACGUAUGUGCAUGGAAAAUCUUUUCUUGAUGUUAUUAUUAUUGAUUCUAGAUUAUCGAUCAAUCUAAACGGAGAAGAURAAAUUAUAACAGCAGAUUAUGAAAGUGACCACCAUGCUUUGAUAGUGCCCAUCAAUUUAGAUCAUUUCUCUAACGAAUUACCAAUAAAUGAAUUAAAUAAGGAGAGAUACGUAUUCAGAAAAACUAAUUGGAUUAAAUUCAAAAAAGAAGCAGCGAAAGACUUCAAUAUCAAUAUUCCAGUAGAAAGAAAUUUAAAAAAUACAGAAAUA